CUCGUUGACAUUUGUCCCUUGAAGCUUUUAGCACCCUCUUCUGUUCCGAAAUGUUUCUGGUCUCUCAAUUUCUCUAUCUGCUAACGAAAGAUUUUGUAUUCUAGGGUUUGUUUAUUCCUCGUCGCUCAUUUACUGGGUCUGAUGAUGGCAAGGCUAAGGCCGAGACAGUUGGAACCGAGCAAGACUGGUCCUUUCAAGUUUGGUUUUGAUGGAGAAGAAGAAGAAGACGGUUGGGUCUUUGUCAAAAAGCAGAGAAUCAUCAUUGUCUUGCCUUCUCUUCCUCCUCCUGUAGAUCUCACUUUGGAUAAACCUGCAUUAACUUUUCAGUUAGAAUCUGAGUUAAGUGACAGCGUUGAGGAUGCGCAAGAGAGUACUUGUGAUAAAACUGUGGUGCCUGAAGACUGUACUUUCGACAAGCCUGAAACUUCGGUUUCACAAGCUGAGUUAAGAGACGUUAUUGCAGAUAUGCACGAAACUAGUCCUGCUCACACUCUGGUACCUGCUCUUCCUUUACCUGAACAAUUCAUUCUGCAGAAGCCUGAAGCUUCUCAAUCACAAGUUGAGUUAAGAGACUGUGUUGCAGAGAUCCACAAAAUUACUCCUCUUCACACAGUGCUGUCUUCUUCUCUUCCGGUAACUGAACGCUUCACGUUACAGAAGCCUGCUACAUCUCAGUUACAAGUUGAGAAAAGAGAUGUUAAUGCGGAUACGCAGAAAACUACUACGCCUCUUCAAACAGUGAUGCCUUCUCUUCCAUUACCUGAACAAUUCGUUUUGCAGAAGCCUGCAACUUCUCAAUCACAAGUGGAUACACACGAAACUGCUCUUGUUCACACAAUACUUCCUUCUCUUCCUGUACCUGGACAGUGCACUUUGCAGCACAAGCCUGAAACUUCUAAAUCACAAGCUGAGUCAAGAACGGAGACACGCAGAGCUACUCUUGUUCACACUGUGAUACCUUCUCUUCCUGUAACUGAACCUGCAACAUCUCAAUCACAAGCUGAGAUAAGAGAACAGACGCGGAAAGCUACUUUCUUCCACACGGUGGUACCUUCCCUUCCUGUAAUUGAACAUUGCACUUUGCAGAAGAAUGCGGCUUCGCAGCCACAAACUGAGCUGAGAGACCUGGUUGCGGUUACUCACGAAACUACUCAUGCUCACGCCGUGGAAUCUGAGACCUGUCCUGAUUUCACCUCAGUUGACAAACCAGAGAUAGUUAUUGGUCGCAAUGUCACAACCAGGAAAGCUUCAGCUCCAAGAAGAUCACUGCAAGAUUGUAGAAAGAAUCCGGAUAGAAGAAUGGAGAUUCACAGGAGCCGUGCGGGCCACAAGCCCAUAAGGUUUCCUAGAGUGAUGUGCAGCUCAGUAGUAAUGGAUAAUGAGAAGCUGAGAGUGUUGAAUCUGGAGAAGAAGGUUGAGAAAGCAGGCGGAAUGAACCAAUGGGUUGGAUCUAUAGGAUUGGGAAGAGAGUUUGAGAGGAUGUUGAGAGAGCAGAGGAUGAAUAAGUUUCAGAUGGCGAAUUUGACAAUGGAGAAGCUUAAGCAGAUGGGUGCUUUAGCCGUUGGGCCAAGAAGAAAGCUUAUACAUGCGAUUUGUUGUGUCUAUCACCCACAUUGUCUCCGUGCGUCCUUUAACUGAGAACAAUCUAGCAAAGUUUAGCCAUUAAUGUGGGGGCAAUAAUACUUAUUAGAUACGUUGACUGAUGCUCUAUUACUAUCUUUUGGUAAUCGAUAGUCUUUUUGGACCAUAGACCAGAGCAAGGUAAAACUAGUCUCUUACCUCUUGUUGAUGGUGAGAUUCGAACGCUGGUUCUGUUCAUGCUUCUCCCUAAAGCUCUCCUAAGAUCAACCUGUAAAUUUACGAAACACCAGGUUGAUGUUCAAUUUAACGAGAUAAGUGUUUAUUGUAAGGUUCA